AUGAAUAGCCCUAAUUAAGCACUUCUUGAAGAGCCAUAUUUAUUAGUAAAAGUAGUGAGCGGCUUUAAUUUAUUAAAAGGUAUUAGAGAAAAAAGAGAUACAGAGGAGUAUAAAUCAAAAGACUCAUUAUUUAGCUAAAAUUUUCGACACUAAGAUACCAACUAACUUAAUUUUUAAGACAAAAAUUAUUUAUUUGAAAAUAAUGAAUUAUAAAAACAAGACAGCUUGCAUUCAAAUAGCUUUUUGAAAUAAAGAAAUAACUAAAAUCAGCAAAGUCCAUUUAGUAUAUUUGUAUCAGUUCACACUUCUACAAAUUUACUUUUUGAGACAAAACCUUAAAAAACAUAUGAUGGAGCUGUUAGAUUUUAAGAUAGGGAAACCUAAUAAUUUACAGAGGAAAGCCAAGUAAUAAGUAAAGAAAAAACCUAAUCAUUAAAUGAUUUGAGCGAGAGUGGCAGAUUUAUUCUGCAUAAAAGGUGGAAAAGUAGCUAACCACCAAAAGAAUAACAAUCUGAAAAAAAAAUAUUUUUGAAAGAUUUAUCAAAGUAUAUUAUAGUAGAUGUCAUGGAUAGCGAUUGCUAUAUGGAGAAAACUUUGAUGAAUACUUAAGUAAUUCCUGUUGAAUUUUUUUUAGUGCCUACUAAUUCAGGUAAAAAGUGGAAUAUAUGGCUUAAAAUGAAUAAAAUAACUGAAGAUUCUAACAAUUUUUAAGAACAAGAAACUUUAAAAAGCAAAAAUUAAGAGGUCGAAAAAGAGACAAACUUUUUUAAAACUCGUUCUUAAACAAUUUAUUAUCCUAGUAUUAUCUAAGAAACCUAAAUAAGUGAUAAAUACUCAGUAAAUAGAAAAAAUAAUCCUGAUGAUCAAAUUUCAAAGCUAACAGGGAUAAAUUCAUCAAAUUUCGAAGAUUACUUUGUAUAAAUUGAAAAACCUAUUCCAUUCUAUAUUUCCGAUAAUAAUAUUCUCAGUAUAAUGAACUAAAAAUAAAUUACUGACGGAAUUAGUUAAACAGAAACAAAAUACUAGAGAGAAAAUCUCUCUCCGUAAAGCUAAACUAGAAAUGUGUCAUUAAAUUAGCAAAAUGAUUUUAAAUAAAGUAAAAAUCUAAAUGAUAAAGUUAACUAAGGAAGCUAAAAUGACUCUUGUAAAGUUGACUAGCUUUUAGAUAAAAACUUUUCAUGGCUUUAGCUCGAAAUCGUUACUAUGGAUAUUGGAUCCCUUCUUAAAUUAACUGCUUUGAUCAUUUCAAUUGAAGAAGUUGAUAGAGCAGGAAAACCAAAUAUAUUUGUUUAUAAUAUUGCUGUAACUAGAAAUGAUGGACUAACCUAUUUAGUUAAAAGAAGAUACAAGUAAUUUAGAGAACUAAAAAAUUAGCUUCAAAAAAAUAUUAAAAAAGUUGAAUUUGUAAGCUUUCCUUCAAGGUCAAUCUCAAAAAUAACUUCUUUGUUCUCUAAACAGUCUUAUCUCGAUUAUUUUUAGCAAGCUCAAUAAAGAUUAGAAAAGCUAUAGCUAUUUUUAAAUUUUAUAAAUGAUUUAGAUGAGGUUUAUAAAGAAGAGUCGUUUAUUUAAUUCUAUACCUUAGGAGGAUAGCUAGAUCUUGAUGUGACUUAGCUAGCAAAAUGA